AUGUCCCACUUAUCACCCUGUCAUGGCACCGAAGCUACUGUGAUGUAUGAUGAAAUGACGGAAAUGUUAAAUGGUUCCAUACGGAAUUCUCAUGAUGAUGAUAUCCAAGCUUCAAAUCAUUCAUCUAGAUUCUUAACUCGUUCUAGUUCACCAAUGGAGAAAUCAAGAAAACCAGCAGAUUCUUUCGAAUAUUCGGAUACACCGACUCUUCGAGGUGAAUUCAUAUCAAGACCGAGGAAUUCGAAUCAGACGAGUAGGGCGAGUAGGGCGAGAUAUUGGUUAAAUAAGAUGACUUUAAAGAGUAGGAGGAAAUCAUCAUUUGAUGAACAUGAAGGAUUUGAAGAUUUCAAUACAGAUACAACUUCAGAUAUUGGUGAUGGGUUAUUGACGGGUUUACAUAAAACGACCAGACGGCAAACGAGAAAGAAUGGAAUAUUCAAUUAUUUCGUCUUUGGGGGGAUAAGUGGUCUAGGAAUAUUAUCAAUUCUUCUUUUCACGAAUCUUAUACUCGGGGCCGCAACAUUAUUUUGGGGUCAUGAUAUUGAUGAUGUUUUGAGAAAUUGGGGGAAAUCUGGAACAGGAACAGAAAAUUUGGCUUGGUAUCCAACCGACUUCACACGAGAUAUAAACCCUAUUCCAUGUCAUUCGCACAAUGAUUAUUGGAGGCGAGUACCAUUAUUCGAUGCAUUAAGAGCAGGAUGUACAGGAGUGGAGGCUGAUGUUUGGCUUUUUGACAAUGAUUUAUACGUUGGACAUAAUACUGCAUCAUUACAACGAAAUCGAACAUUUCAAUCCCUCUACAUUAACCCUCUUGUCGAAAUUCUCGAACGACAAAAUCCAACCACUGAUUUCUACAAUGGAACAAAUCAUGGAGUUUUUGAUGCGGAUGAUGGGAAAUCCCUAACACUUUUAGUGGAUUUAAAAACUGAUGGUGCAGAAACAUGGGAAUGGGUCCUCCAACAACUCGAACCAUUACGAAAACGUGGAUGGCUUUCUUACAUGGAGAAUGACACUUUACAUACUCGACCUAUUACUGUUGUUGGAACGGGUAAUACACCAUUCGAUGUCCUUACGAAGAAUUCAACAUAUCGCGAUGCCUUUUUUGACGCGCCACUUGAAACAAUGUGGGAACCAAAACAUGUUACUGAGGAAAUGAAAGAUUGGUCUAAUAUUGAAGACGAUUCAUCAGGAGAAGAUCUAGAUGAAGAUGAAGAAAAUGCAGAGGAACAGAUCUCAGAAACUUCUACCUCGAUACCGAUUCCAGCGAGAAAACCUAUGCCGAUUCCUCAUAAGAAACCAAAUAAUGGACAGGGUAUGUCUGGUGUAUCACCAGAUACUGAUUUUAAUCCUCUAAACUCAUAUUACGCAUCUGUUUCUUUUCACAAAGCAGUGGGUACGGUAUGGAGAGGAAGGCUAAGUCCUAAACAAAUGAAGAUCAUUCGUGGGCAACUUAGAGGGGCACAUAGAAGGGGACUGAAGGCUAGAUAUUGGGAUCUGCCAAGUUGGCCGAUUGGGCUAAGAAAUCAUAUUUGGGAUGUUCUUGUUAAAGAAGGAGUUGAUUACCUGAAUGUAGAUGAUUUGAGAGCGGCAGCAAAACAAGUCUGGUGA